AUGGCAUAUCUUAAGGUUCCUACUGUGGUGGUGUUUCUGUUGAUGUUUAGCAAUUGGUGGAACGUGGAAAGUAAAAAUGUUCAGAGAAGAACUCCAUUUAUUCCGAUUGCAGCAGCGAGUAAAGUCUGGAGCGUAAUUGGCGAAGCUUUAGGCGUAGCAUCAGCUAUUCAGGGCAUUAUCUGCACAUCUACCGAUGCCUGUGGUGGAGACAAAGUCGGACAAAAGCUGGAAAACCUGGAAAAGAAGCUGGAUGCAAUGCACAGCGACCUGACGUCGAUCAAGGAUUUGGCGGAUGAAAUUUGGGACAAUUCAAAGAAAAAAUGGUACUUCAAUCAUGUCGAUCACAUUGCAUUCCUGAGAAAAGAAGUUAUCCGAGAUUUGCAGAAAGAAAACGUUACUGAUCUGGUUAAAGACCGAAGACAGUUAUUUAUAAACGAAGUGCUUGGCGGAGCAGGAAAUGACGAAUACGUUACGAAAGCCCUUUUUUAUAUCCCUGCGCUAGUCACCAAAGAAGGACUUGUCACUCAUUAUUUCGACGUUCAAAUUAAAAAGGGAAAAUCCACUAGAGACGCCGCCAGACUGACAUGGCGUUUUGUCAAACAGCUCUUCCGCUAUCAAGAGGAUGGCUACGCCUCUGUUGCAUUGGCUGCUUCAAUCAAGUACAAAAACAAAGACAAAUCUUACAGCCAGCUCAUGGCCAAGGUUUGCAAUUGGUGGCCUAAACCAGAAGAUUCCGAAUACGGAAAGUUAUGCACCAAAAUAAAAAAUAUUGACAAAGGGGAAAAUGCCAAAGAUAGGAGAAAACCGCAACAGGACUUUCUAUUUGCCAUUGGAGAUCUCGCUCGUUACCCUGUUCAACUAAUGAAAACUGACUGCAAUAAAUUUAUUGACUCUGAUACAUUACUCUACGAAGCUGGUCAUCUCUUUGUUGUACAACCUGCGGCCAAAAAGAUCUUGAUGGUCAAUCGGGAAUCCUUUGAUAUCGUCAAAACCAUCCAUGUUCCAGGAACCGAAUGUGGCGGAAACUGUCAUCCACUCGGCAUUGCUAUCAAUGUGGAACACAAAGUGAUGGCCAUUGCCGCCCAAACCAAAAUAUCAGGAGGAGAAAGCAAGGUCAUGUUGUUUAAUAUAAAAGGAAAAUUAGAAGAGCCAAAUGGAAUCAGCAUAGAACACUACUACACCAUGUCCCAGCUGUUGAAUGUUGGAAGUAAGAAAGCCGAUGUAAGGAGUGUGGCCUUCUGUGGAAACCGUUUUGGAUAUGCAGACUACAAUGGUGUUAUUCGGCACUGGGGAAUGCGUUGGAAAAGUUCAACCCCCGAGCCAGAUCUGCAUGAUCGCCUUAGCUGGUAUCUCAGAAGAUAUAAAAACAUAUUUUACGGCAAAACCUACUACCUUAGCUGCUCGAACAGCAGACAAGACUGGGUGAUAGAAAAAACCUACUUCGCUGCUGCGGACGACGGUGUUGGAGCGGUGCCGUCAAUUAAUACCAAAACUCGACAUGUACUGAAAGUCUUGGACAUUGCAAAACCUAAUGUGAAGGUCUCCGACUGGAAUGAUGUUAAGGACGGGAGCUCGCGAUUGGAUUUAAUCAAAGGAAUAGCCAUGGAUUCUAAGAAAAACUUGUUUUACUCCUCGGGAGGCGAUAUUUUUAAAAAUAGCGUCAGUGGUGUCUACCAACGCACAUACGAUGGCAAACGGCGCUACAUUAGAGAGUGGAAUCAAGGCCACAAAGUGAAAAUGUUUGGCAUGGCGGUAGAUGAUAGCGGAUUCCUGUUUUCAGUACAGGAAGAUGCUUCAGGGGAAAGAUGUCUUCACAAGUUCCAACAUGAGAUCGCCUUGGAAGACAUUAAUGUAUCUUGA